AGAAGUCCCCGAGAAAUUAUAUAAUAGACCCAUUUUAAAAAAUAUAUAAUUGACGUCUAUUUCAUCUCUUCUUACUAUUGUGACUAACCAAACAAGUUUACACACAAAACUCUCAAUAUAUUCUAAUCUUUCUCGAUGACGUGGAUCGUCUUCUCGGCUCUCUUGUUCUUCACCAUCAUCACAAGCUUAUCCGUGAUUCAAACAACCUCCACUUCACCAGCUCUCCAUCCAGAUGAAUUGAAUGCGCUUGAGAAGAUAGCUACUACACUUGGUAUAAAGAGAGUGAACCUAAGUCAUGAAGACCCAUGUAGUUCCGGAACUCUAAUGAUAACACAACAAGUUGAUUUUGCUUGGAAUCCGGAGGUGAACAACACCAUUGCUUGUAAUUGUAGCUUUAACAACAACACGACAUGUCAUAUUACAGAAUUAGUUCUCAGGAAUUUUACUCUCGAGGGGAAACUUCCACCUGACUUGGCCAAGCUUCGAUAUCUCCAGUCAAUCGACUUAUCCGCAAACUACCUUACUGGCACGAUUCCAGUGGAGUGGGCUUCAAUGUCACACCUCAUUCUCAUCUCGCUCUCCGGGAAUAGUUUGUCUGGGAGUUUACCAACUUGGUUGCAAAACUUGAAGAAUCUGAAGUUCCUAGGGCUUGAAGGAAACCAGUUCUCUGGUCCCAUUCCUGAUGAAAUUGGUAACUUGACCAACCUUGAACGAUUGUAUCUUUCAUCCAAUCAAUUUACAGGAAGCUUACCUAUCACUCUCGCUAAACUAGUAAACCUGGAGCGGUUUUGGAUAUGUGACAAUAACUUUAGUGGAACUUUCCCAGCAUAUAUGGGCAACUGGUCUCAGCUUAAAAGGCUAUAUCUAUACGCGAGUGGACUAAAAGGACCUAUUCCUGAUGCAGUGGCCAGCCUAGAAAAUCUUACUGAUCUGAGAAUUAGUGACACGACAGGAAUAGACUCAUUUCCAAUCCUAUCCAGCAAAGUCAUCGACACCCUGAUUUUGAGGAAUUUGAAUUUGUCUGGUCCAAUUCCUUCUUACAUCUGGAGCUUGCCAAUCCUAAAGAGAUUAGAUUUAUCGUUUAACAAGCUGACUGGUGAAGUGCAAGAUAUACAUAAAGCACCAAAAUUUACCUACCUGGCUGGCAACAUGCUUACCGGAAACUUUGAAUCUGCCUUCUUCUUCAACAACAAACCUAAUAUCGAUCUUUCUUACAACAAUUUAACGUGGUCGUCGAGCUGUCAUAAUAAAAGUAACAUUAACACAUACCGGAGCUCAAACUGGAAGAACAAUUUAACUGGUCUUCUUCCAUGCGCUGGUCCAAUCACCUGCAAGAGCUAUCAGAGAUCACUACAUAUAAAUUGCGGUGGAGGAACUGUACAGAUUACAAACUCCUCUCGUAGAAUCACCUAUCAAGCUGAUAACAAUAAGGUCUUGGCGGCAACAAAUCUUCACAUGGAAGGAUGGGGAAUCAGCAACACAGGUGACUUUACCGACGAUACAAGUGAUGAUGACACGUUUAUCAUUUCAACUAGUUUAAGAAUAUCUGGAGGUUCUCCUGAUAUAUAUAAGACCGCACGUCGAUCUGCACUCUCUCUAGUUUAUUAUGCGUUUUGUUUGGAAAAUGGAGCAUACAAUGUGAAACUCCAUUUUAUGGAAAUCCAGUUUUCAGACAAAGAAGUAUACAGUCGUAUAGGCAGACGCAUAUUUGAUGUUUAUGUUCAGGGAGAACUGUUCUUGAAGGAUUUUAACAUUAAAGAUGAGGCUAAUGGGACUCUGAAUCCUGUUGUAAAAGAAUUGAAGGCUGUUAAUGUGACUGAUCAUAUGUUAGAGAUUCGGUUGUAUUGGGCGGGUAAAGGGACAACUUUCAUCCCCAACCGAGGAUACUAUGGUCCUCUUAUCUCUGCUAUCUCCUUGUGUCACAGUCAUGAUCCACUAUGUGGAGCGGAGAAAAUAAAACAUCACAUUAAUUAUCCUCUAGUUUUGGGGGCAACGGGUGCGUUUGUAACAACCACACUCUUGGCUUUGGGAAUAUAUGCUUGGAGGAGACGCAGGGAAGACAAGAUUACGAGAGAAAGAGAUUUGAGAUCCGAGAGUCUGCAAACGGUUUGCUAUACUUGGAAGCAACUGAAAGCUGCAACAAACAAUUUUGACCAAGCCAACAAACUUGGAGAAGGAGGUUUCGGAGCUGUAUUCAAAGGACAGCUGCCGGAUGGAACUAUCAUAGCAGUGAAGCAGCUUUCUUCCAAGUCACACCAAGGAAACCGUGAGUUUGUGAAUGAGAUAGGAAUGAUCUCAGGUCUGAAUCAUCCAAACCUUGUCAAGCUUUAUGGAUGUUGUGUUGAGAAGAAUCAGUUGUUACUCGUCUAUGAGUACAUGCAAAAUAACUCACUUGCUCUUGUGCUGCAUGAAAAGAGCUCCCUGAAACUGGAUUGGGUAGCAAGGAAAAAAAUAUGUGUUGGAAUUGCAAAAGGCCUUGAGUUCCUCCAUGAGGGAUCGAUGAUCCGGAUGGUUCACCGUGACAUAAAAACCAGCAACGUGCUUCUAGAUGCCGACCUUAAUGCAAAGAUAUCGGACUUUGGAUUGGCUAGGCUCCAUCAAGAAGAAAACACUCACAUUAGUACCAAAGUCGCUGGAACCAUGGGAUAUAUGGCUCCAGAAUAUGUACUAUGGGGUCAGUUAACAGAGAAAGUAGACGUGUAUAGCUUUGGGGUUGUGGUAAUGGAGAUUGUUAGUGGACAGAGUAAUACUAAACACAAGGGAAGUGAUGAUGAUGAAGUCUCCCUUAUCAAUUGGGCACUGACGCUGCAACAGAAAGGGGACAUACUGGAGAUUGUAGAUCCAAUGCUGGAAGGUGAAUUUAACAGUAAAGAAGCUGCGAGGAUGAUAAAUGUUGCUCUUGUUUGCACAAAUUCAUCUCCUUCGAUGAGGCCAACAAUGUCAGAAGCCGUGCAAAUGCUGGAGGGAGUGAUUGAAAUAAAAGAGGUUAUGCCAGAUUCUGGUUUAUAUGGACACGACUGGAGCAUGUCAAAGCUCAUGCACAUUGAUACACGUGGACGCUCGAGCACCUCUGGUGUGACGGAUCAAACAGAAACAUCAAUGAAAUCCUCUGUUUCUGGUUUUGAUCUCUACCAGUAUCCUUCGUCAUCACUGGAAUGUCCCUAGUGCUCGCCUGAAGCAAAUAACAAUGAAAUCAGAAUACACCAAGUCUCUGUGUCUGCUUAUGAUCUGUACAUACUAUGUACGGAGUCCAUUAAACUUGACCAUUCCAUUAUGUCUCUCUCUUUAAACAAGUGCUCUCUCCGUGCGCUAGGAUUUUGUUCUUGUUAACUCACUCACUAUCUGUUUCGUACUUGUGUAACAAUGCACAAGCACACACUCAUACUCUCUUGACUCUCUCACGUUUUUUUAUUCUUGUAGAGGGAAGAGAGAACACUUUGUAUGUCUACAUUGUUAACCCAUUUUCUUCAUUA